CAACAGUUGUAUAUGUAUGUUUGGGUCGAAUAUGUGUACAUGGCUGAUACACUCCCGAUAACUUCCCUAUGUGACAGAAGCUCCCUUUGUUUGAAUCAUUUUGAAAAUUACAAGGAUUCCUCUUUAACGUGUGUCAAACUGGCUCUAGCGUUCUCACAUCAAUUUUCCCAUUGCGUUGGUCUUUGGCCAUGGCUUCCAAGUAUAAUUCUACGCCAUCGCAGUCCCAAUCCUUGAGUCGCGCUAGUUCCACUGGAUCCCUCCAUGGAGGCGUGGGACACGACAAUCCAAGAUACCCCAACGAUACUCGUAUUGGGAAUAACCCAACUACGGAUGACGAGGACUCGGAUGGAGGUUCGCAUCCUAUGAAUGUUGGUGCAAAUGGUGGAUCGGCUUCAAGUGGAGCUCGUUCCUCGUCCACGUCGGUUUCGUACAAGGAACGCCGUCGCGAAGCUCACACGCAAGCGGAACAAAAGCGGAGGGAUGCGAUCAAGAAAGGCUACGAUUACUUGCAAGAUCUUGUGCCUGCUUGUCAACAAGUGGACUCCGCUGGAGGUCAUAAGGUCAGCAAGGCCACCGUCCUACAAAAGUCCAUUGAUUACAUCCAAUUUGUGCAACAGCAAAAGAAGAAGCAAGAAGACGAUCUGUCCCUAUUGAGAAAGGAGGUCAUUGCUCUUCAGAUAAUGAGGGCUAAUUACGAACAAUUGGUCAAAGCCCAUCAGUCGCAGCCAUCAACCUCGGAGGAUUUCGUGCCAAGUGAGGUCAAGUUCCAGACGUUUCAGCUCUUAAUGGACACGUUGUUCCAAUCAUUCAACGAUCACGUGCGCAUGAACACCUUCUCUGAGCUCUCGGGUUGUGUGUUUUCGUGGUUAGAGGAGCAUUGCAAACCCCAACUACUUCAGGAUCUCAUGUGCAAUAUUCUUCAUCAAGUGAGAGAGUCCUAUGAGGCCCACGACGGAGGAGGGCCCCAGAGAUCGAUUCAGGCCCAAGAGGCAGAGGUCGCACGAGGACGACCCACGUCUCAAUAACAAUGAUGAUAUUUUUUUGUCUAUGUUUGAGUUCACCUCGAAGAAAGAGUGGAUCAAGUCCUUCUAGCCUUGAUCCAUCAUCAACAUUGCAAACCAAACCAUGUUCAAACUCAAUCAUGAAUGCCUCACACCUUUUGCCGUGAAACCAUGUAAUGCAAUCCUAACUACCCCUACCUACCUAAAUAUCCAAUUUACUACAUUCAGAUCAAACGAAACCGAAAGAUAAUAGAUGAACGAUAUUAAAGCCAA